GACGUGGCUGCUACGUACCUGCCCGUUUGCCCACUCCGAUUGCAGCAAAGUUGGUGACGAGAAAUACGUAACUGGGUUUGAAGUCCCCAGGCUAUGGAAAGCAUGGUUGAGGAAAAUGGAUCAGCUGUUGACCCAUUAUCUGUGGGUUCUCAAGGUGGCGAUGCAGCACCAGCAAUAGCUACAUCGGUACAAUCUCUCAAUAGAACACAUCAGCAGCAAACUCAUCAUCUGGUAGCUUCUACCAGCAUUGUGCAACUGACGCUACCUUCGUCAGGAACAACACAGGUACAGUCUGUUAUACAACCUAAUCAACAGUCAGUUAUUCAGACUGCAACAAACAUUCAACCUGUCGCCAUUUCGAAAGGAAACGUCAUUCUUGUUAGUAAACCCAAUUCUGUCAUUCAAACAGCACAAGCAAGCUUACAAACACUUCAAGUGGUCGAGACUGGUAGUGAUGAUAGUUUUUCAGACUCAGAAGAAUCUCCAGAACAGAGAGGAGGUAUUCUUACCAGACGACCAUCCUACAAGAAAAUUCUUAAUGACUUAGGGGGUGGUGAAAUUACAGACGGUCGAUUGCCCCCCCUAGAAUCAUCUUCUGAGUGUGAUUCUAACGUGGACAGUGAAGUGUCUUCCCACUCUCUCCAUUAUCAGACAGUAAUUCCGGCUGGUACCAUUCAAAUUGCAACCCAAGGAGAGGGUGUUCCUGGACUUCAUACAUUAACUAUGAGCAAUGCUGCGACCGCUGGCGGAGCUAUAGUACAGUAUGCACAAGGUCAAGAUACACAGUUCUUUGUUCCAGCCUCUGGCAAUGUUCCAGCUUAUACAGGACACGGUGUUGUCGUAGAAGAUGCAGCUAGAAAAAGAGAAUUAAGGUUGCUUAAGAAUAGACAAGCAGCACGAGAAUGUAGGAGGAAAAAGAAAGAAUAUAUAAAGUGUUUAGAAAAUCGUGUUGCGAUAUUGGAGAAUAGAAAUCAGACGUUAAUAGAAGAACUGAAAUCGUUAAAGCAACUAUGCGAACCGAAAACUGACUGA